AUAGCGGCGGAAGCCACCUCCCUCGGGCCCUCCCACCGUGGCUCGCGCGGCUCCUCCUGGGGCGCUUCGAGGAGGGCAUUCCCGGGCCCGUGAGUGCCGGUGGGGUUAGAGCCGCUCCCUCGGCUCCCACCGCGGCUGGGGCCUGGCUGCGCGGCCGUCCCGAGGCGGCAGGGCGGGCUGGGACCUUCCCGGGUGCGGCUCGAUGCUUGGCUUGGCGUCUGGCUGGCGCCCGCCCUUGCGCUUCGGCCCCUGCGGUGAAGCACCAGAAUGAGAGGCAUGGACAGUAUCAAAAUGGUAAAGAAAGAAUGGGUGUGUAAAUCAGGAACUAGUGAUCAGAUUUUGCAUGGUACAGAACAAAGCUGUGACUACUUGGUAGAUAACCUUUUUGAAGAAGCUCAGAAGAUUGGUGCUAUCUGUAUGCCCCCAACUACAGUCAAGAACCAGUCUGAUGUAAUCGUUAAACUCUGGAAAAACGGGUUUACAGUAAACGAUGGUGAACUUAGGAGCUACAGUGAUGUUGCAAACCAGCAGUUCUUGGACUCCAUUAAAAAAGGGGAACUGCCUUUUGAGCUACGAAGAGUUUUUGAUAAGGAGGAGGUAGAUGUGAAAGUGGAAGAUAAAAAAGAUAAAGUGUAUUUGUCAUCGAAAAAGCCAGUGUUUCAUCCUUUUUCUGGACACGGUUACAGAUUAGGAAGUGCUACUCCGAGAAUAAUCUCUAAAGUAAGAGAUGAUCAUCAGGGAGCUGACAACAAGAGACGCCUGCCUUUAGUACCUCUAAAUGAUUUGGAGCCUAUCACUAAUAUCCAGAUCUGGUUAGCUGAUGGGGAAAGAAUAAUUCAGAAAUUCAAUGUUUCACACAGAAUAAGCCAUGUCAGAGACUUCAUAACAAAAUAUCAAGGGUCGGCGGGAAGUGUUCCCUUCACACUGACUACUUCGCUGCCGUUUCAAGAGCUGCGAGACGAGACACUCACACUAGCAGAAGCGAAGUUGCAAAACGCUGUUGUUGUUCAGAGACUACGGAAAACAACUGAACCUUUCAGACUCUUGGUGAUAAAAGCGCCUGACAAUGACUACAAAACUGCUGCUACACCUAAUGGACAGCUCAAGAAUGAACAAAAAACCGCUCUCAAAAGUACAAGAUCAAAUUAGCUCUUAAAUGGCCAAAAGCCACAUACAGGUGGAACUAGAGAAAACCAAAAAUGCGACCAGCAAUAUCUGGAUGCACUCCCAUCCUCACAUACUUUGCUCUUAGAGAGCAAUAUGUGCGUUGUGCUAUCAUUUGCUGAAAUAGAAGUAUUUGCAAGUAAACUUGGUGGUCAGAGCUGGGCUAUAUAGCGUAGCAGAGGUAUCUGUACAUCAGGUUAUCCUUAGAAUUCCCUUAGGUAGAAAGCUGCGUAGUUCUUUAAUGAGUGUAUUUAGACGGAACAGUUCUCUAAGACUUAAUUACUACUGAUAGCACCUUUUAAGGAGAAGUAGUAUUUAUUUUUGCACUUUGGACUAAAGUGAAACUGAACUAAUUGGUUUCACUUACAUUUUGGUGUAAGCUGCAGCAGUUUGCAUUCUUCUCACCAUAGCUUUAAGACAACAAAUGCUACAGGGAAGCUCACGUUUGAACUCUUAACCAACUUGAAAAUCUUCAGUGUCAGUAUCUUCAGGAUUUAACUUUUAUCUCAAGAUUUGCAGUGUAAUGUUCUAUCAGGUCUUCGCAUGGUGGUAGGUGCAAGUGUGAGAAGAUAGAAAUGAGGUGGUCUGGUGCAUACUGCAUAUGAAGUGCCUCAAAGUAAGCUCUGCAGGAAUUAUUACCAGUGGUUGAAGUGGUUUCUGCCUCUUCUGUGCUGCUACAGGCAUCUUACAGAUAGGGUGAUAUUAAACUACCUAGCUCAUUAGGACAGGGAUUGCGACUUUAGGCCUUGUCACACGAACUUCAGCUUUUCUGGAGAUUACCAUCCCGGAACAGUGGCAUAGAGAGACACGGUUGUUUUUAUACUGUGUAUCUGCCUCUGUCCUGAAGUGGCCAGCUGGCUGAGGCGCUAAUUGCACGUAGCAAAGUUUCAAAAAUGUUGAAAAUCUUUAUUUUAAAAAUGAGGUUUCUUCCUCGCCCCUCCAUUUCCCUUCAGAUAUUUUAUUUUUAUGUUCAUGUACUUGAGACAUAAAAUUUGUAGCCAACUAUUCCAUGUUCUGCUAAAGGAGAAACCAACGUAAAGACUAAAUCUUUGGUACUGUGUUUGUGAGGUUGCCUGUGGGUUUGUGAAUGAAACUAGAGUCUCUAGAUUAAAGACUUAUCCUGGGGCCUUCGGUGACUUCUGAAAAGUUUGUGCUACCUGUGCAAAUGGGUGAUUGUUUGGGUUGUAUUUUGCAAGAUUGAAUUAAAGAUGGAUUUGGGAUUU